AUGCCACCGAAGCGUAGAAGCACCAGACUGUCUAGCUAUCGAACGAACGCCGCUCCACUUGUCAAGACAGUCACAGGCCAGCCGGCUUUCAAGGUGCAGAAGACCAAGGCAGCGCCCGCCUGCGCAAACAAAGUGCGAACAUUGAGUAAGACGCAGAGGCUUGAGGGACUAGAGCAGCCGAGUAAUGCGAGCGCGCAAAGAUCAGAACAAGAACAAGAGCAAGAAAAUGCAAGCACUGCAGUGACUGUGGCUUUGGACAAGGCGUUGGUGGAGAAGUUAAGCGAGGGACACAUGCUAUUGCUCAGAGGACAGCAAGACUUGAAAGCGGACAUGGCGAGUCUCAAGGCUGAGUUUGCCAGCGUUGACGAGCGAUUGGCACGAGUUGAAGCCACUGCGGCUCCUACCGUGCAAGAACUGAGCGGCGUUUCCGCCCACUUCGCGGAUGCUGUUGGUACUGCUGUAUGUACCGGAACGCAAGACCUCCGAGCCACGCUUGAGGAGACGAAAGCAUCAGUGGACCAGACGCGAGCGUCGGUUCGCAUGAUCCAGCACACUGCGGUGACGUCGGGUGAGGUCGAUACUCUCCAGGACAACCUCAACUCGAGGAUCGACUCGCGCUACGCCCGCACAGAAUCCCGGCUCGACGAUCUAGACACGAAUGUGAUUCGAAGAUGA